AUUUAUUUUUCAUUGUAGUUUUAUUUUUUAUAAAUAAUAUUAAUUGUCAAAAAAUCAAUACAAUCUAUUCAAAAUCGAUUGCCUAUGUAACAAUUUACCCAGAGAAUAAUAAUUUUAAUAAUGAUUUAAUUUGUAUAGUUAGUAUUGAUUGUAUUUAUAAUGGAGAAAUUCAAGCAUUUGGAGCAAAUCAUAUGUCCAAAAAUAUAGAUUCGAGUUCAUGUAAUUCAACAUUCGAUUUAACAGGUUAUACAGAUUUUCAAAGUCAAAGUUGUAAUGGAACACAGUUAUUUAUGAUAUCAAAUAAAAUAGGGGAUAAAGUUUCGAUACCUCUUCAAUUUCCAGUUUUAGUAGAUAGCCAUGAAUUGAAUGUCAAUGGUUCUUCAGUAUUGAAGUUAAGAUACUACAAUCCAAAGACAACAGGAAUUAUAGUCAAAGAUAUCUUGGGACAGUUUAAAAAAGCUAGAAAUGUACAAUAUGUGAACAAUCAUAUCUAUGGAAUUCCGGGCACUUUAACUUGGGAUAUGGACCCAGGUUUUGGAUAUGUCAAUAUACAAUUUGGUGGUCAGGUAGAAAACAUUUAUAAAGCAACCUAUCCAAAACCUUACAUUAAUAGCUCAAGGGUAGUAUCAGUAGAUCCUGAGAAAGGAAUGACCCAAAUAGAGUUUAUUGGCGCAAAUUUUGGUAAUAAUAAAAGAUUAAUAACCUUCUUACCAAACUGUUACCCAUUCCCAUACAAAAUCAAUAUAGAUUAUGUCAACAGUACCUAUCUAUUAAUUUCAGACUAUAAUGCUAUAACUGAACUUUGCCCAUCAAGAGAUUUCAGAUAUUCAAUAUGUAUAGAUAACCUAUGUAAUAGUGGUUCUCUAAGAGAGGGUUACCCACCAAUCACCAUAAACUCUGUUGAAGGUCCAUCUGCUAAUAGAACCUAUCAGUUUAAUGGUUACUUUUUAAACAGUACAACUUUUUCUCAAUUAACUCCACAAUCUCAAUAUGGCCAAAGAAUAUCUACAAGUUUUUAUGAAAUUGAAUUUCAAAUGAAUUCACCUUCUUAUUAUCAAUACAAUGGCAGUAGAGCAUUCAAAUUUUGGGAUAAAAAUGCCAACACUAGUAUUUCAAUUGCAGUCAACGGUUUUGAAGCUGGUCCACCUGUAAUUAAAAAUGCAAUAGAGUCAGAAGAUAAAAUUCAGGUUAAUGGUGAUUUCUUUGUUUACGAUAUGGAUUUCUUUAUGGAUGGAAAUAAAGUAGAUGCCCAUUCUAUUCAAGUCGAAAAUAGCACAAUGUUUUUCAUACAACCUAAACCAAGACCUGGAACAUUAACAAUCCAAAGUCCCGUCAAAGACGCAAACUCGUCAACAAUUGUUCGUAUUAAACCAACCAUAAAAUCAAUCACCAGUGCGCCAACUAAAGGGGGAAUAGUAACUAUUUUUGGAUCAGGUUUAUAUCUUGUAAACUCAAAUGGCAAAAACUUAAAGGUAUCAUUUGCUAUCGAACAAUUCAACAGUAAAGUUAAAUCAACUUGUUCUGAAGCAAAUGAAUUUAGCGGAACAAGUAAUGCACCAAUCAAUCCAGGAGUAGCAAUAACCUGCAAGGUGCCAGCCGGUAUUGGAAGAGAUUUGAAAUUCACCAUUACUAUUGAAGGGCAAUCGGCAACAUAUAGCCAGUUCUCAUAUUCUAAGCCCAUAAUAACCUCUAUUCAACAAACAUCAGAUAAAGCAAUUGUCAUAGGUGACCAUUUCGGUGAGAAACAAAGAGUAACAAUUCACGUUGAUCAGGUUAGUAUUCCAGUUCAAACAUUAAAUAGCAAUAGAGUUGAAUUUAAAAUACCAGAUAGCGCUAAAACUACAAAUAUCUAUUUGGAUGUCGCAAACCAAGUAUCAAAUAGUCAACUUCUUUAUAUUGUUCCAUUUAUUACAAGAGCAUCAGGACCAAUUUCAGUAAAUGGUGGUACCUUAGAACUUUAUGGAAAAUACUUGAAUUUAGAAAACUAUAAUAAUAAUCCAAACAAUACCAACAAUCUAAAAAUUAAAAUAGGAAAGAAGUAUUGUAAAGAUGUAAAGCAAUUAGAUUUGGUUCAUUUCUCUUCGAUUACAUGUAAAGUUGGUUCAGGUUCAGGUCAUAACUUCCCUAUCCAAAUCGAAAUUGAUAACAAUAAAGUAGAUGGAAACCCAAAUAAUAUUCUCUUUUCAUACUUCCCACCAAUCAUCACCAACUCAACCUCAAUCUCGCCCAAUGGUGGUUUAAUUACAGUUUUUGGACACGAAUUAGCAAGACCCAUCAACGUUACAAUUGAUAGUAGAGCUUGUAUUUAUAUCAAUGUAACAGAUAGUGAAUCAUUAACAUGCUAUCUUCCACCAUUAGACGAACAAUUAACUGCUUCAUCCAUGAAAUCGAUUCAUCCAGUAUCUGUAAAUGUAAAUGGUCAAAACGGUGGUGCCGAUGUUUUCAAAUAUACAGUUCCUGAGAAAUAUACUUAUAAAUCAGAAGACGACCCACAAGAAAGAAAAAAAAGAUUAAAAUGGUUAGUUCCUGCAAUUUUAAUUCCAUCAAUAGUUGGUUUGUUAACUCUAAUUGCGUUAAUUACAAUUUUAAUGAAAAAAUAUAAAAGAAGAAAACAAAUUCAAAGAAGAUUAAAUGAUAAUUCAAGAUUACCAGAAUAAAAUAAAAUAAAAUAAAAUAAAAUAUAAUAAAAUAAAAUAAAAUAAAAUAUAAUAAAAUAAAUAUAAAUAUAAAUAUAAAUAUAAAUAAUAAAAAUAAUAAUAUUAAUUCCAAUCCAUGAUUUU